AUGACAUGGUUCUUCAAUGAUCAGCCACUUCCAACCAAUGAUCGUCUACAAGUAACGGAGACUGAUGAUGGAACAUCGAUACUAACAAUUCGUCAAGCUAAACUUGCUGAUGAAGGUGUCUAUACAGCUAGAGCAAUCAAUGCUUUUGGUGAAACUGAAGCUCACACAACAUUAAAGAUUGAUUGCAUCAAACCUAUCAUCAACACUAAUCUCAAUACUGCACUGAAAGUCACGAAAGGUGAAACCUUGACACUAGAAGUCGUCGCCAGUGGAACUCCGAAACCUCACAUUGUCUGGAUGAGAGACAACGAUGAAAUCGUACCCAAUGAUCGUAUUCAAGUGACGAAAUCGACUGGUGACGAUGACAAAUACAUACUGACCAUCUUAAAUGUACAACCAGAAGAUGAAGGAGAAUAUUCAGCCAUGAUUUCCAAUGUUGGUGGAUCACUUCAAUCCGAUAAGUGCAAAGUUAUUGUUUCGAAAUCACCUAUGUUUAUUGUCAAGCCGACGACACAAAAAGUGAGACAAGGUGAGACAGCAGUAUUCGUCUCGAAUGUUGAUGGAUAUCCAACACCGAUCAUCACAUGGCUCCUCAAUGGAAAGCUGUUGACAGCGAAAGAAGGCGUUGAAAUGCAAUUCGAUGCUACGACUGAUCAAGCGAACUUGUCUAUCCAAAACGUCGAUCUAGAACAACAUGCUGGUUCAAUUACUUGUCGAGUGGAGAAUGAAUAUGGCGACGAAGAAGAAACUGUUCAACUUGAUAUUCUCGUUGCACCAACAAUCAUCGAAGACUUGCCCAAACAACAAGAAACUGUAAGUGAACAAGAUGUCACACUAAAAUUGAUUGUGCGAGGAGCACCACGACCAUCUGCUCAAUGGUUCUUCAAAGAUAGACCUAUUGGAUCGGAGAAUGCAUCAGUAGAUGAGGCGAAGAACGAGUAUCAACUAUUGAUCAAACAGUCAACAGUGGCACUGAGUGAAGGAACCUAUCGAGUCGUAUUGAAGAAUGAAGUUGGUGAAGUACAAUCGACUCCAUGUGUACUUACAGUACUGGAAUCAGUGAAGUUGACAAAAGUGAAACCAGCAUCGAUACCGCUACGUGCAAGUUCACCUGAUAUUCAUCCGAAUGCAAAAUGGUCACAGAAUGGUAUCACUGUUGCUGGGGGAAAUGGAUAUGGCUGUGAAAUCAAUCAACUCCAUGACCCAUGCGGUUUGUACAUUAACGAUGAUCAAACGAUUUAUGUUGCUGAUUCUGGUAAUCAUCGUAUUGUGGAAUGGAAAUCUGGUGCAACGAAUGGAAAAGUAGUUACUGGUGAAAAUGGACAUGGAAAUAAAGCUCAUCAGUUAAGCUACCCAGUAGAUGUGAUUGUCGACAAAGAAAGGGAUAGUUUCAUCAUCAGCGAUCACAGGAAUCAAAGAGUAGUUCGUUGGCCUCGUCAAAAUGGUGCUAGCAGAGAAACAAUUAUUUCAAAUAUUUCUUGCUGGGGCUUGACAAUGGAUGAGAAUGGUUCUCUCUAUGUCGUCGAAUGGAAAAAACAUGAAGUGAGACGAUAUAAAAUUGGUGGCACUGAAGAAACAGUGGUUGCAGGUGGCAAUGGAUACGGAAAUCAUCUCGAUCAACUCUCUAAUCCCCACUAUGUAUUUGUUGAUCGAGAUCAUUCAUUAUAUAUGUCUGAUUUUGGAAAUCAUCGUGUAAUGAAAUGGGAACAAGGUGCAAAACAUGGUAUUGUUGUAGCCAGUAAUCAAGGACAAGGAAAUAAUCUUACACAAUUGAAUCGUCCUCAAGGAGUCGUUGUCGAUCAACUGGGCACUGUCUAUGUGGCUGACUACUGGAACCAUCGCAUCAUACGUUGGCUAAAAGGAGCCACACAGGAAAGUGUCAUCAUUGGUGGAAACGGUCAAGGAGCACGAUCGAAUCAACUCAGUUGUCCCAUUGGUCUGUCAUUUGAUCGAUAUGGUAAUCUCUAUGUCGUCGAUCACGGAAAUCAUCGAGUACAAAAAUUUAAUAUCGAAUGA